AUGCUUGGGCAAAAUCUGCCCGGCUGGGCUUUCGCGGCGCUGAUAGCCACAGUCAUCAUCGUCCUACAUCGACUGGGUUCACAGUCAGCAAUCACAAAGUUCCCCCUACUUGGCAAGGAAUAUGGAAAUCGGCGUAAACGAGCGGAGGCGUUCUUGUACCAGCCCGUAAAGCUGUACGAGGAAGGCUAUCGCCGCUUCAAGAACCAAGUAUACCGACUGACGAUGCCUGAUGGUGACCACCUCAUCGUUCCGAAUGCAUACUUAGAUGAGCUGAGAACACGCUCUGAUGAUGAGAUCGAUGUCCUUAAGGCAUUUACAGAUACGUUCGCCAACGACCACAUCAAGCUAUUCCCACCCAAGGAUAGGACAGAAGUCGCCAACAGCGUUGAGCCUGACCCGAUUAAACCCGAGGCUAUCAGCGCAAGUCGAAAACACAAUCAACUCAGAGAUCCCAUCCUGCAACAAUUGGACUCGCUCAUCAUAUUCCCCAUCCUCCUGCGGGUCGUCGCGAUCGUCUCGGGCGACAUAUUCGUCGGGCCAGACCACUGCCGCCACGAGACGUACCUGGCCUCCGCGAUCGACUUCACCAACGACAUCACGGCGGGCGCGGCGCAGAUCAAGCGGUGGCCCAAGUUCAUGAGGUCGCUCGUCGUGAAGCUGAAGCUGGCGCCCGCGGUCAACCGCGGCCAGGAGCACAGGCGCCGGAUGAGGGAGUUCCUCCAGCCGAUGGUGGAGAAGAGGCGGCAGCUGAUGAAGGAGGGCCACCCUGUGCCGGAUGACCUGCUGCAGUGGAUGGUUGAGAAGACGACCGAGCACGGGAUCGCUGAUGUUGGCCACUUGACUGACAUGCAGCUCCUGCUCACUCUGGCUGCGAUCCAUACCACGACACUGGCUGCGACUGGUAUGAUGUAUGACCUUGCCGUGCGUCCCGAGGUGGUGCAGGAUAUCCGCAAGGAGAUUGCGUCCGUUCUGGAGGAAACGAAUGGUGUGAUGACUUCGCAGGCGCUGUUCAAUAUGAAGCUUCUGGACAGCUUCAUGCGUGAGAGUCAACGGUUCAGCCCGCCCUUUGUUGACUCCUUCCGCCGCUACGUCUACAAGCCCAUCACCCUCAAAGACGGGACCCACAUCCCGGCAGGGACAUACAUCGAGACCCCGAGCCUGCCCGUGCUGCACGACCCGGACCACUACCCGGACCCGGAGGUGUUCAACCCCUACCGCUUCUACGACCUGCGCAUCAAGGACGGGACGCCCGACCCCAACGGCUUCCGCACGCGCGAGUCGUACCAGUUCGUCAGCGUCACCAAGGAGAACACGAGCUUCGGCUUCGGCAAGCACGCCUGCCCGGGGCGCUUCUUCGCCGCCAACGAGAUCAAGCUCAUCAUGGCGCGGAUCCUGCUGCAGUUUGACGUGCGCUUCCCCGAGGUGGUCAAGGAGAGGUAUCCUAAUUUCUACUACGGGAGCGUGAGCGGGCCGGAUCCAACGGGUGUGGUUGAGUUUAGACGGAUUAAAGUGUGA